CAACCAAGUGUAGAAAUCGAUUUUGAAACGUACCAAUAAACUCGAAAGUUCAAAGUACUUUUUAUUUUCAAUUAUUUUGUAAAUAGUAGUAUUUUACCUGCCUUAAUAUGUUAAGUAUUUUCUCCAAGACGGCCCAAGUAAUCGCACCAUCAAUAACAAAACAAUCAAGAUGUAUAGCUUCGCUAUCAGCCCUGUCCGACACGUACCAGAUGCUCCACAAGACGUGCAGGGACUUCGCCGAGGGGGAGCUGAAGCCUCAUGCCGCUAAGUUCGACAAAGAACACUUGUACCCUGCAGAUGCCAUCAAGAAGAUGGGUGAGCUGGGUCUCAUGGCUAUAGCGACGCCGGAGGAGCUGGGAGGCGCGGGGCUGGACUACCUGGCGUACGCCAUCGCCCUCGAGGAGAUCUCUCGCGGCUGCGCCUCGGCAGGCGUCAUCAUGUCCGUCAACAACUCCCUGUACCUCGGCCCUGUGCUUGGAUGGGGAACAGAUAAGCAGAAGAAAGAGUUUGUUACACCAUUUACAACAGGUGACCCUAUUGGUUGUUUUGCCCUGUCGGAGCCAGGGAAUGGCUCUGAUGCUGGUGCAGCAUCCACCACAGCUAAAGAUGGUGGUGACAAGUGGAUCCUGAAUGGGACUAAAUGUUGGAUCACCAAUGGUUAUGAAAGCAAGGCCACAGUUGUAUUUGCAACCACUGACAAAAGUCUAAAGCACAAAGGAAUCUCAGCAUUUGUUUUGCCAAAACCAAUAAAAGGUCUAGAGUUAGGGAAAAAGGAAGAUAAACUAGGCAUCAGAGCAUCAUCCACUUGCUCACUAAUAUUUGAAGACUGUGAAAUACCAAAAGAAAAUAUUCUGGGAGAGCCCGGCUUUGGGUUCAAGAUUGCCAUGAUGACCCUGGAUGCUGGUCGCAUCGGCAUUGCUUCACAGGCCUUAGGGAUUGCACAGGCAUCUCUGGAUGUUGCUGUGGAAUAUUCGUCCAAGAGGAUAGCAUUUGGCAAGCCCAUAAUGAAGCUGCAAGCUAUUCAGAGCAAGCUGUCAGACAUGGCGCUGAAGAUCGAGUCAGCUCGCCUGCUGACGUGGCGCGCGGCUUGGCUCAAGGACAACAAGAAGCCCUAUACUAAAGAAGCAGCUAUGGCCAAGUUGGCUGCUUCUGAAGCUGCUACAUUUGCUUCACAUCAGUGCAUACAGGUUCUUGGAGGUAUGGGCUACGUGUCGGACAUGCCGGCGGAGAGACACUACCGCGACGCGCGCAUCACCGAGAUAUACGAGGGGACGUCAGAGAUCCAGAGACUAGUCAUAGCAGGGCAGCUCAUCAAGGAAUAUGGGCUCUGAAUGUGUUGUAAUAUAUCAUAGAAUUUAAGCGAAGAGAGUUGUAUACCUACCCACCAUAGUAUUUUGUAUGUUGGUAUUUUAUUGUUGAUGUUCUGAUAUGCUCAAAAGAUUAUUACCAUAUUUUUUUAUAAAUCAUUAAAAAAAUAUACAAAUGUAUUUGAAGAUUUUUAUUAGUGACUGACAAUAUUUGCAAUCAACUGAUUAAUCUAGUAAAGUAUUUUGAAGUAGUAUUUUUAAGAGCAUUAAAAAAUAGUAAAUAAUUAAGUAAAUUGAAAGAAUACUUUUGUACAAGUCUUAUACAUUGUGUUAAAGAUAUAAAAUAAAUGCCUAUACAUAAAUGUUA